GCAUCCUGCCGGGAUCCUGGCAGUCUCGCGGUGUCCUUCAUCGCGUGCGCAUCGUCCCCGCUCUUAAACUCAACAAAAUAUUACGUGAAAUUUACUUUAAACACUCAAAAAAAUAAAAUAACACAUAAAAAUUAAUUUUUAAGAAAAUCUAAUGAAAAUUUAAGGAUAAUAAAUAAAUAAUAAGGAUAAUAUUAAAAAAAAAUUCAUAAGAGUAAAGUGGGUUGAAGAUUUAUAGUUGUGUUUACGUUUGAAUAUUUGCAUUCGUGUUGCUCCAGUUUGUCUAAAGUUUUAAAGUGUUCGUAAAGUGCGAGAAAAUCCUUGUUUCCCGGAUAUGGAAACUUUAAGGAUUUAACGUGACAUGACUAAUUGACUCUGUGGAAAAUUCACGUUAUAAGUUCGGUGGUGCCCGCGCUCUUAAAAACUAAAACCGGAAAACCGGAAAAGCGGAAAAGCAGGAACCGGGAUUACCGCCAGGACUAUUAAUUUCCCACGACAAUUUUAUCUUCUCAUUCGGCAAAUUGCAAUUUGCAGUAAGUGGAUUACAGAUAAAAAAAUGAUGAAUUAACUCACCUAAACCAAAUAAAAAACCUAAAAUGAUAAAAUUAAACUCUGUGUUGUUUGUGUGCUUACUACUGACAUUGGUGCAAAAGGGGUGGUGCUGCGAUUUGGAGGAGUACUUCGCCGAAAAGCAAGUGAGCGUGGAGGAGAGCGCACGCGAUGCCAGCGUCGUCUUUCGCGGUUUGAGCACUAACGGCGCCGGCGGUAGUGGCGGCGACGGAUCUAAUGGCAUCGGUGGCGCCGACCAGCCGCCCCCGACCCAUUCCGGCGAGCGUGGCGUCUAUCCAGCCUACUUUGAACUCAUCUCAACCUACAAAGGCUCUGAUCAUCUGCAUCUAUACUCAACUAAUAGACAAGUGAAUGUAACGAUAUUCAGUCGUCCUGUAGCUGAUUGUAAUGACGCACAGGAUGUAACACCACGUGAGUAUAUCGUAUUCUGUCAAAUCCUUGAUGGGUUACUUCGGGCGACCGCCAUUGCAAAAUGGGAUGAAGCUACAGAUCAACGCGUAUGGACAUCUUUAGGCUGGGAUAAAUGGUCUGAAUGGUCCGGCUGUAGUGUAUCCUGCGCGGCAGGCAUCCAGCAAAGGACUCGUCGUUGUCUCCUGAGCGAGGACGCGGAAUGUCCUGGAUUUAACGUCGAGCAGCGUCAUUGCAACCUGUUUAGUUGUGCGAAUGCAGUAAAUCCUUUGACAGUCGAAGAGACACGGUACUAUCAUCCUUCGAAGGAUCACUGGCGUAGAGUUGCGGAUCGUCCUGCCGCAUGGCGUCUACAACCGAAUAAUUACAUCUGGUUACCAUCUUCACAACUGUUUAAUAACAACGCGUCAUUUCCAAAGGAAUUCUCGCUUUUCAUCACGUUGAGAAUCCUAAAUGAAUCAUUAGGAACAGUCUUCAGUUUGAGAUCACGACGUCGUCAGGACACUUACUUAUCCUUAGAGGUCGCAGGAGGCGAUUUGAAGUUGAUACAUGCCACUUCUAAUGGUACGGAUGUUGUAAGGAUCCCAGCAGGACUAGAUGAUCACAAAUGGCAUCAAAUUUCAAUUGGCAUACGAGAUAAUUCCGUGGUAGAUAACUAUGUGGAUUGUCAAUGGUCAAGGACAAAUAUUCUUCGAGUAGGAUCCCUAGACAUUCCAGAAGAUUCAGAUUUGAUUAUAGGUUAUCUUUUUGCGGGUGAUUUAGAACAGUUAACAAUCGAUCCUGAUCCUGCCGUGGUAGGACUCCAGUGUUAUUCAACAAUCACGCCAAUUAUUGAUCCGGCGCAUCCACCACGACUGACUUAUCGCCGUCGACAGGACGAGAAACAAGAAAAUAUCAGGAUUUCAAUGCGUAAUGACUUUAUGCACGCCAAGAAGAAAAAGCUCAAGGGUUUAAUUAAAAAAUAUCAAAUCAAAAAUCAAAAUUAAGCAAAUUAUUUUAAAAAUUAAAAAAAAAAAACGCAAAAAUAGGCCUAAAACACAUUCAUUUCCGGUCGGACAUCUUGAUCCUGAUUUUUCACUUGUUAACAACAGGCAAAAUUUACGUUUGAAUAUUUAUUACUGUAAAUAAUUUAAUUAAUUAACAAUUAAACCGAAUAAAAUAACGAAUAAUUGUAGAAAUUAAAUAUUAUGCUAAAAAUAUUAAUAAUAAUAAAUUGU